AUGAAUCCAUACGUGAGUUGGGCAAUUGUGCUGUUGGUGGCUGCGGGACUGGGAUAUCACUAUUCAAACGGAUCGAAGGCCAAGAGCAAGGCACCAGUUCGAGUCGUCCCUGAGAAAGUCGAACCGAUCCCCCAAGCCGCUAAGCCAAAGAAACAAAAAGCGCGCAAACAAGCCGAACCCGCAGCGAGCAAGAAACCAGAGGAGAAGAUUCAGGAGAAGCCUGCUUCUACCACCAAGGCAGAAACCGCAAUUGAGGAAGAAGAAGAUAUUGAUAACAAGGAAUUCGCGAGGCGUCUGGCUGCGGCCAGAUCGGGUGUGUCUGUUGGUGAAACAAAGACAAAGGCGUCCAAGGAGAAGCGCUACAAACCAUUGCCCCUUACUCAGGAAACUGCUAGCAGCGAUUUUUCCACUCGCGCUCCGUCCAGCAACGGAGCAGACGCUGAUGAUGACUUGUCUUCGACCGACUUCGUCGCCCCUUCGGGUCGUGACGUUUCCGACAUGCUCGAGAAACCAGCCCCUGGCCCCUCUGUUAUCCGUGUGAUCGGGUCCAUGGAGACUAAGGCGAAGAAACCCAAGGCUCAGCAGGCAUUCAAGCCAGUUGAAACCAAGAAGCAGCGCCAGAACCGCCAGAAGAAUGAGGCUCGCAAGCAAGCUAACCAGGAGGCUGAAGCUGAGCGCCGCAAACUUCUCGAGAAGCAACUCCACACAGCCCGCGAAGCAGAGCGCCGCGAAGCGAGCCGCAAACAAUCUGCAACCUCUCCUCCAAGCAAUGCCUGGGCCAAUACCAAUGGCCGCAGCGCGGCUCCCGCUCCUGCAGCCAACGGCGCUCUACCCUUACUUGAUACCUUUGAACCAACCGCUCCAGCGGCUGCUAGUGGAAGCUCCACGGGCGCAUGGUCCAACAAUCUGCCUACAGAAGAUGAACAAAUGCGUAUUCUUGGCGUGACUGCCGAGGAGGAUUGGACUACUGUGUCGUCAAAGAAGGGCAGAUCAAAGAAGAAAGCCAAGGGAGACGAGAGUGCCAAUGAAGCUAGUGCUUCUGAGGCUAGUUCCUCUUUUGAACACGAGACCACACCACAGCCAGUGGAGUGGGUUGCGCCAAAGGUCGCACAGGUCCCAAUUCCUCGUGGCAAGAACCACCCUCUUGACUCGGACUGGGCUGCAUAAUUGCGACAGGAUAAUACCAAGAGACGGUAUCGACUUUAAUUUCUUUGUGUGUACACUUUAGGAAAUCAAAACAGGCGCUUAAAUCAUUGGGUGGUAUGUUUUUUUAUUGAUUUAUUGACUUGCUGGAAAACGAGAACAGGAAUUUGGACACGCUUGUCAUGCAUAUGAACAAGUUGCCCAGAGCUGUUGUAUUCUCUUUAUUCCCUUUAUUGUAUUCUUGCUCUUCUUUUGUGUGUAAGUAUAAGCUCGUUCUUUAUUUGAGCUACAAUCAAUACCCUGGACUUUGUGUGAGUUUUCUAAUAGUUUAGAGUAAUCUGGACACAGUCCAGAUCUUCAUGUGAACAUCGUCCGUGUCACUGUCUGUCCAGAUGUAGAUCUGGACCCGCUACUCUAUCUGUAAGAGAGUCCGGACCCAGUUAUCAGAUCAUAUGACAGUAUACAGCAGUCG